AUGUGUUUUGUUUCUUUUGUCUUACAGAAGGAGAGUGAGCAGCAGAUCAGUGUGCAGGUGGGGGGCAGCCUGACCUCCUUCACCCAGACGGGCCUGGCAGCCGGUCAGGAGUACACCGUCAGCAUGAGCGGAGAGAUGGAGGGCAGGAGGGGGGCUGAAAGGACGGCGCAGUUCGUGACCCUCAUCUCCGGUCCUACUAAUCUCAGCGUCGUCAAAACAACCUCCACUACUGCAGUGGUCCAAUGGGAGCAUUCGCAGGGUGAGAUUGACAGGUACCGUUUGACCGUCGCGCCCAGCGACGGAGAAGGAAGGAGUCAAGAGUUGACCAUCCCACCUGGUCAAGACUCCGCCCACAUUGAGCAGCUGGAGGCGGGGCGUUUGUAUGACAUCAUACUCGAAGCUGAGAAGGGCACGAGUCGGAGCAAACCAGCAACCACUCAGGUUACCCCGGGGAAGACAUUACCAAGGGUUUCCAUGGCAGCUUUGACCAUGCGAGUUACACAAGCACCUGGACAAGAUGUUGGAGACAGUCACCGUGAGGUCAACCCUUUGCCUGAGGUUAAAGCCUUUGACCAACAGAAGAGCAGAGAGGAUGGAAGUGAGGCUGACUCUUUAAUAGACAGAGCUUUUGAUGGGCCUAACAGCGACUAUACAACCUCUGUGACUGCAAGAACUAAACCUCUGCUCAACAGGAAGAAGGCAAUAAAUGGCACCAGACCAUUAUUGUACAGAAGGCCAAAUGUCUCAGGCCCUUUCCGUUUCAACACAACCAGAGUUGCGCCUGGAUGGAGAAAGGAUCCUUUGAAUAAAAACCUUGUUGGUCGGAAGAUGAAAGCACUAAUAGUACCCACAAAACCUAAACCAGAUGUCCCCACUAUAGGAGAAAGGACAGAGGCAGAGCUGAGUGUAGAGGCAUCAAGCACUGAGAGGAAGGAUGACAAGUAUCCAGCUAUGAUGUCUGGGAGUACUUCACAUACAAACAGACAAAAUAGCUCCGAGGAACCAACUGCUGCCGUCGGCUCCAAAGAGCAACCAGAUGUUGGCAUGGUUGGCAAAGGAACUGACACUGCGUUCGUGUCUCCAGAGCCAACUGGGAUUGUUCAAAGCCAAGAGAAGAAAUGUCUCAACAAAGUUAAGGUGACACACAUUAGAUUACCCCAUCGGGGCAAAGGCAGCCGGUUUAGAGAGGAUGGAACAAUACUGGAAGGAAAGACAGCGGUUUCAGAUCAAAGUUCCUUUGAAACAGACAGAAAGUCUGCAGAGACAAACAUUGCUUAUUCACAAGAUCCUUUAAAUAAACUUCUGACUGACACUUUUGAUAGUUUGAAUAUCACAACGUUUUCUGUUCACCUGUCCAAAUCACCAGACCUCUCUGCUAAUGCAGAAACAGUGAGGAAGCAGAUUAUAAGUGGACUGAAGCCAUUGUUGUCAUCAUCACUUUCAUCAAACUCCAAAUCAACGUCAAAUGCAUCACCAUUUUUACAUUCUUUGACCUCUAAAUCAUUAUCACAAUCUUCAUCAUCAUCAUCAUCAUUAGAUCAGUCUUCAGCUGCACGGUCAUCAUUGCCAUCAUCACCAUUAUCAACAUCAUCCCGAUCCUCUUUAGCUCCAUCUUCCUCAACAGCAGCACCAUCAUCAUCACUAACAAUGUUAAUCUCAUCUUCACCCUCUUCCUUACCUUUACCAUCUUCAUCAGAACCAUCAUUAUCGCUUCCUCCUUCAUCGUCCUCCCUUUCCAGCUUAGAUACAGGUUCAGUUGGAAGCAAAGAACGAGAUGUUGAUGACAGAAGAAUUGUUGCUGACGUCACAUCCCCUGAAGACAGAAAACCAUCACCUUCAGGAAAAGGUGCCGUUCCACUUUUCCAGCUCAUCCCUGGAAAAAAUGGAUAUGUACGUCGCCGACACCCAAAGUUUGGAUUGCGACAGAACAAAACCCACCCAAUCAUGAGAAUUCCUCCCCGUUCCCUUCCUCAUUUGAACCUCAUACCUAGGAGAGAGACAGAAACCAGACAUGAAUCAACAAGUGAAAUAUCAUCGUCACCUUCUUCAUCUCCUUCAGCGGAACCGUCCUCAUUUGAGGAAACUGCACCAGUGAGGGAUACCAGUGGAGACAAAAAUGGAUCAAAUACACAUGGAGACGGACAAAACCAGAAAAAGGUGCCAACAGAAAGAGAACAAAUCCCACUUCGCCGUAUUCCUCCAAAGGGGGGAUACAUGCGACGUCCAAACUUUGGAUCUCUACAGAACCGGACUCGUCCAUAUUCGAAGCGGCUGCCUCCCCCCUCUCGAUCUUUAAAGCCUGCACCAGAAACCAGGAGAGAGCAGGUGUCCUCCACUAAAUUCCCAGCCACACCAUCUCCUCUUGUUUCCAAAGAACCAUAUCCAGCUGAAGGUACAGGGCCAGUUGAAGAGGACAUUGAACAAAAAGGUCUGACAAGUAUUUCCCAUGAGUUCAAUCAGACCCUCAGAAGAAGUGGACUGCCUUCCUCCCAUCGCCAACCCACCAAAAUUGGUCACUUACGUCAGCCACAACUGAAUGCUGGACGUUUCCAAAACAUAACCCGCACAAACCUGAGACCACUCCAAAAUCCACAUAGAGGUUCCACGUCUAAGCCUUUCCCAACCAGGAAGAUAAAUGGACGUGUAACUUUUGGAGGUCAAAUUAGACCAUUAGGAGAAAAAGAUACUGAAGGGGCAAAUAAAGGUACACACAUUGAUGGCCAUGACACAACCGUCAGCACACAGAUCAAGAAACUAAAAGGGGGUGAAAAUGCUCCAAUCCAAACAACCAUAUUCAGGGAAGAAGAAACAAGCCCCCCAGAUUCAAAUUCUGACACUGGUGCAAAUAAAGAGAGAGUCAAUACUGGCAUAAAUAUUAGCGAUACAAGUGGAGGAAAACCAGCAAUCACACAAACUUCCACUGAUUCACGACUUGGAGCCCCAGAACCAGGCGCACUGCCAAAGGGACAGCCACCAACAAGGAGAAUGAUAGCACAGCAUCACACCCCGAUAAGACACUACCACAGUGGAAGCAUAAGGAAAGAGGACAAAAUAAAUAAUUCUGGGAAAAUGUUGUUCAACAGUCAACCUGACCAGACACGAAGUGUUGAUCUUAGACAAUCGAUGGGAUCAGAUGGUUCUUCUUCUGGAGUUUUGAGGGAACCUCUGGACUAUGUGGGAGUGACAAACCGGACUUCAAGUGGAUUUUCGCUCACAUGGGACUCCCCGGGAGAGAAGUACAAAAACUUUGUUGUGACAAGUAAAGAUGUUGGUAAGGAUGAAGCGCCAAAGCCGAAGAGCACUAACAUGGAUUCAGAAGACAACUCGGAGAAAGAGUUUGACAAUAAAGAGGAAGAAGCAAAGUAUGAACAAACUAAUACAUCAGAAUCAGAAAAUGGAAGAAGUAAAGAUGAAAAUAGAGUACCUGAAAGUGUUUCUGCACCAGAUCCACAGAACAGAAGCGGCACAGGAUCCAAGCCUGUUACAGGAAGUAUCACGUCCUUCAAAAAAGUUCUUCCUGGUUCAUCUCGCUUCUUCCAGUUUGAGGAUCUGCCUCCUCAGACCGAGUACACGGUGACCUUGCUUGGAAAGGGUCCCGGCCUUCUGUCCAGACUGCACAAGGUUGUCAUCAGCACAGUGCCUGACCCGCCUACAGACCUCCGGGCCGUGAACGUCACAGACACCAAGGCCUUGUUGCUGUGGCGACCAGCAUUGGCUGCUGUGGAUAAAUACGCCAUUGUUUACGGCUCUGGGACAGACGUUAAGGAAGUGGUCGUGGACGGCUCUGUGACAGAGUUCAACCUGAGCAGACUCCACCCCUCGUCCAGAUACACGGUGCAGCUCCAGACGGAGAGCGGAGGGCGGAACACCGCCCCCCUCUCCACCCACUUCACCACCGGCACCCUGAGUUUCCCCUACCCCACAGACUGCUCUCAGGAGCUGCUGAACGGCAUCCUGACGUCAGGAGAGGUGGAUAUCUUCCCUCAGGGGAGAUCUGGGCCCCCAGUGAUGGUGUACUGUGACAUGGAGACGGACGGAGGCGGCUGGACGGUGUUCCAGAGGAGGAAGGAUGGCUCUGUGGAUUUCUUCAGAGGAUGGAAGGAGUACAUUAAAGGAUUUGGGAGUCUGAGUGGAGAGUUUUGGCUGGGACUGGACAACAUCUACAACCUGACCUCCAUGACCAAGAUGACCCUGAGAGUCGACCUGCGAGACGAAGACGACGCCGCGUUCGCCAAAUACUCCACCUUCGAGCUGGUGAAGAGGAACUACAAACUCAUCGUGGGCGGAUACAGCGGCACUGCAGGGGACUCUCUCAGUUAUCACAGCCAGCGUAUCUUCUCCACCAAAGACCGGGACCUGGCGCCCUUCAUCACCCGCUGUGCCAUGUCCUACCGAGGAGGCUGGUGGUACAAGAACUGCCACGAGGCCAACCUCAACGGGGUCUACGGCAAGGACAUCAAUCACCAGGGUGUGAUCUGGACCACCCUGGGAGAAGGAAAAAGAGUUUUCCAUUUGCGUUUGCUGAGAUGA